AUGGAAAUAGAAAUAGAUGAAUCGCUUGUGGUGACAAUUGAAUUUGUUAUUAGAGUUUAUAAAGACAAACAAGAUUUUCAGCGUGCCUUAGAACAUCAUCGAGAAUCUCUUAGAAUCAAACAAAAAGUAUUACAAGUAGAAGAUCAUCUCGACAUUGCAAAUAGUUUAAAUAAUUUUGGAUUUGUUUAUCGUCAAUUAAAUCAACUUCAUCGAGCAGUUGAAUAUUGUCAAAAAUCAUUAAGAAUACGACAAAAAUUACUUCCGCCAGAACAUAUUGCAAUAGCAAUGAGUUAUCAUUGCACUGCAGGUGUUUAUCAUGAUCAAGGCAAACAUAACUUGACAUUAGAAUAUUAUAACAAUGCACUGCAGAUUAGAAACAAAACAUUUGCUUUCAAUGAUCAUCUUAAAGUGGCGGAAAAUCUAUUUAGUAUAGGACUUACUUAUGAAAGCCUUGCAGAAUUUUCCGUAGCACUGGAAUAUUUUCAAAAAGCGUUAGAUAUGAACCGAAAGUUUUUACCAGUUGAUUAUCCUCAUAUGACAAAAUUAAACGAUGCCAUUGCAAGAAUUCAGCAGGAAAUAAAUAACUUAUCAUUAAACUAG